AUGGCGUCCAAAUGGCACGAGGUGUGCCGCGUCGUCGACAUCGGCGGGGGCGUGGCGCCGCUGGGGCUGUCGCUGGGCACCCGCUGCGCCGCCCCCAUCUCGCGGCUGCGCGUCGAGAAGAUCGAGGGCGGCCUGCUGGUGGCCGGCGUCGUCGUCGCCGCCAACUGCCAGGUGGCGCUGCCGGCGUUCGGGGCGCUGUUCGCGCUGGCGGGCUGCGUGCUGACGGCGGCGGCGUACCGCGGGCCGGCGGCGGGCGAGCUGCCCGCAGAGUACGAGGCGCGCGUCUCGCUGACGGGCAGCUCGCGAGCGCUGGGGCCCGCCUGCCUGGCGGUCGGCGUCGCCAUGCUGGUGGCCGGCGCCGCGCUCUGCCUGCUGGCCCGCCGCGCCAGGCAGCGGCAGCGCCGCGUCGCCUUCCACUGCCCGCUGCACGGAGACUUCUACCCGCUGUCGCCCGUCGCCGGUCAAAAGUUCGACAUGGCUGAUAUAACUAUUCCUGUAUUUGAUGGCGAGGACUAUGGGAACUGGAAGCAGCGGAUAAUCAUGUACCUAAAAAUGAAGAAAUGCCAUACAGUGACUACGAGAGCAAAAGUGAGCUCAGACAACGAAACGUGGGAUGAAGAGGACUUGAAGGCUAUCAACUAUAUUUAUGGUGCAAUCACAAAUAAGCAACUAGAAUUCGUGAGUGACAGAGAAAGUGCUUUCGAGAUCAUGAAGAAAUUUGAUGAAUUAUAUUCGAAAGAGUCUACAGCCCUUCAAAUAUUAUGCAGAAACAAGUUGGACAAAUUGAGGUUAAGUGAUUACAGUGAUACGGGGACAUUUUUCAGUGCAUUUGAAAAAACUGUAAAUGAGCUGAAAUCUGCAGGCGCUAAAGUAACGGAAAAGGAGAAGAUAAAUUAUAUGCUGCGAACGUUACCAGAGUCAAUGAGCUAUAUUGGGGACUUAGUGGACGUCUUGAAGAAAGAGGACCAGACAGUUGAAUACGUUAAAAUUAAGAUUCAAUUAUUGAAUGCAAAAACUGGAAAUGAAGAGGUAAAAUCAAAUGCAUUUCACACAGAAAGAAAAUUGAAUUCAAGAAAUCAGGAGCAAGUAUGUUAUCGAUGCGGCAAAGCAGGUCACUUCAAACGUGAUUGUAACCAGGGAAGAACAAGUAACAGAGGCACAUGGCAUCGUGGAGUACAUUUUCAAGGUAGCGACAAAGGUAAUGGAAAUAUGCAGCGUGGAGGCUAUAGCAAUGUACAGCGUGGAAACUACGGCAACAUGCAGCGUGGAGGUUAUGGCAGCAGGCAACGUGGUCGAGGAGAGCAGCAUGGUUUUAGCAGCGGUCGGCAUCACAGCAAGCAAGGUUACCAUCAGAGUGAUCAUGGCCUGUCGGGGAGCCUGAGUGGGGGCGGCAAGCCGCGCUACGGCAUGCUGUGCUGCCGGGGCCCUGGGGGGCGGCGGCUGUGGGGGGCGGGGGCGCCGGUGCCCACCCCGCAGUGCCCCCACUCGACGCUCAGCUCGACGCGCAGCUCCGUCUCCAGCGCGCCCGCCUCGCCCUGCCCGGCGCCCACGCCCUUCCUCGUCACGUCGGGGUCUGUCAGCGGGAUGCUGCCGUCGGUGGGGGCCAACCUGUCGCCGGACCAGACGUUCGGCUCCAUCAAGUCACUGGCAGCGGGCCGCGAGGUGGCCAGCUUCCCGCUCUCCAGGACGCCGUCACCGCCACCGCCGCCGCCCCCGCCGGGUGCCGACAGUGCCCAGACAGAUGCCACCACCACCGAGCAGCCGGUCCUGACUGUCGUCGCACCUGCCGCCGACGGUGCCGUAUCACCGUCACCGACAACCCCGCCGAAAGGACCGCGCAAGUCCGUGUCCAUCGUCCUGCCCGAGGACGACGACUCGGGUCGCGGCUGAGGAAAGCUGCGGUGUGGGGGCCGGGUGCCCGUACCUCGUGAAGUGUAAAGGUGUGCUUGUGGCGUAACAGGGUGUCACAGAUCUAUUUACCCUUUAAGGACUGACCGGUGCUGCAGAGAACGGGUGUCGAGUUUCAGUGUGUGGACUUUGAAGGCUCUCUCACUUGAUGUAGAGUGGAUAGAGGGAGAGGAAGAGGCAAAUGAGUGUAACUUAUGUACACUUUGAGUUCCACAGUACGUACUGAGAUAACGGACAACUGUCAGCUCCACAAACAAAUGUUAAUGACUAAUAGGAGCCGAUCUGUUGCCGAUGUAAUUUACGUAUGAGGUGGUACACUUGUUGGUGGACUGUGUGUGUCUCUAAACUGCUUUGCUGGUAGAUCUCCAAACAACAGAAACUGACUAUCUAGUGGUUUUAUUGUCUGAUAGUGUCUUUGUUACUGGACCAGAAGAAGGGUGCUCCUACCAGCUGGAAGUAUUGGAUAACAAUAAAAAUGUAACAGCAAAUUUUUGAUUGACAGGCUCCUCCGUGUCGCGUUUAAUUCAAUCCGCAUGCAACAUUUGUACGCUACGGGCACAUUCGAGGUGCCGUCAGUUGUAAUUGCCCACGUCACUUACUAGUGCUUCGCCACACUGACACAAAAUUAUUUGCAGAGCACCGGAGAGGCCCUCAGUGAGCAGUUGAUACUUGUCGUGUAGAGGGUAUAUGUUCUCGCAGGUUUGUGUGUGGCAGUGUAGCACGUCUAAUGUCUACGUGGAAACAGUGCCAGUCUGAAACUUUACCAUUUUGUAAGAAACAAAAGGGCCUCCAAACAACUAUGUUCAAUAAUCUCUCUGCUUUGUCAUCUCCUCACCAGAUUUCGCAGUGGAGGAGAGAAAGUGAUAAAUAUUCAAACUGCUCGAUAAGGCAGGCCUCCAAAAAAAAAAAAAAAAAAAAAAAAAAAGAA